CGGUCUAGCCACUAGUAACUUUCUUUCUGCGCAGCUGAUUGCGGUUCUGGACAUUUAUUGAAGAAAAACACUUUAAAGCCCACGGGUGCCCUCCAUCAGGCAUGCAACCGACAACUUCGGUGUAUUUUGUGAAGGUGAAGACUCUGGCAAGUGGACCAGAGAGUUGAGAGAAAGCAAGGCGAUGUGUUCUCUCCCUCUCUGAUGCCAGAAUGAGAACCUACACCCGUGGGGCACCAACAGUGUUCUUCAUAAGUGCACUGUGGGUGCUGGUAUCCCCAGCUCUGAGUGAGGUGGACCCGAGCGGAGGCAUCGCAUUCCUUGGAGGGAACUACGAGGGAAGUCACCCCAUGCUCUACUUCGGCCAGGCAGAGGUUGAGCAGCUACAGCGUGCAGCCGUGGAGACGCACAAGGCUCUGGCCCAACAGAUCCGGGAGGCCGGGGAGGCCAUGCUGGAGCGACCGGAUGAGUAUCUACCCCCCUGGAAUCCUGCCGAGUUCAGUGCCCGCUGGAAUGAAGUCUAUGGGAACAAUUUAGGCCUGCUGUCUAUGUUCUGUCUGCUGUAUCCACACCGCGCCGGUGCGCUGGACAUGGCCAAGGAAUACAUGGAGCGGAUGGCUGCACAGCCCAACUGGUUGGUGAAAGAUGCUCCAUGGGAUGAAGUUCCAAUGGCUCACUCUCUGGUUGGCUUUACCACAGCAUAUGACUUCCUGUAUGAGUACCUUAGCAAAGUUCAGAAGGAGCGUUUCCUGCAGGUGAUUGGGAAUGCUUCACGCUACAUGUACGAAAAAUCUUACCACCGUGGCUGGGGAUUUCAAUACCUCCACAACCACCAACCAACCAACUGCGUUGCGCUUUUGACAGGCAGUCUUGUGCUCAUGAACCAAGUAAAUGACUGUGACGAGGAGGAGGGCGUGGCCAGGCCGUGACAAUGGACGCCUGAUGCUGAGUUGCCCGUGGGAGAGAGAUAAGCAGGAGGCGGAGACACCAGUUGGAGAGAGAGAGAGAGGCACGCAGCAGUGUUUGUGUGUACGGGUGUGUUUUAGCUGAAAAGCAGUUUUAUGUUGUGUUUUGUUGAAUUAAAGUCUUUUUGGUUGUUAACCCAGUUACCGCUUCCUCCUUUCCGAUCAACAAGAGGCUUGUUAUGCCACAAUGACAUAAGUUUGUGGAUAUUACUGUGAUUCAGGCUUUCCUUGGGUCACAAUCAAGCUUUAUCCAGCCCUCUAAACACUAGAUUUUGAUUUACCCUCAUGUUGUUAUAAUCCCAUUUGCCCAUUUGCCCAAGACAUUUUUGAAGAAUUUUUACACUGCUCUUGUCAUACAAGGAGAAUAGUUCAUAAUGAACAUGUCUUUUAAGCUCAAAAAGGACAAAAAAAUCACCAUAAAAAGUAGUCCAUAUAACUUGUGCGCAUUAUUCUUUUGAAGCCAUACGACAGUGCCCAGUUUUAAAAAAUGUCAUGUCAAUAUGAUAAUUUAUUUUAAAAUGUGGACACAAAUGCAUGCAAGACACAAACUUUGAUGGAAGGGGAGAUUUCAGGGAAUAAUGACUUCAGUUUGUUGCAUUGAAAAAUAUUGGGUUUGGAACAACAUGAAAGAGAGAAAAUAAUGACAGAACUUUCAUAUUAGGGUGAACUAUUCAUUUAAUAUUAUGACAAAGUGUGUUUGUUUGGUUUUUGUCUGCAGGAAAAGAUAACAUGUAUAGCAAAUGUAACUCAGCAGUCCUGUUUUGUGCACCAUUAAAUUAUAACUUGAUAAUACACUGCCUGGCAAAAAAAAAAAAAAAAAAAAGUAGGCAUUUGGAUUUAAAUAAGCAGAUACUUAAGAGCCUAUGAUUGGGUCAUUGUUGCAGUGAUUAAUAUGUUUCAGCUGGCAACAAUUCUUUUAACCCUAAUUGAUGCAGUGUGUAGCUUCUCAUUUCUUAAACAACCAUGUUGGGAUACAUAUCCCGUGGUCAUGGAAAAGAUGUUACUGUGUUUCCUGGAUGGAUGGUGGUGAACCGUCAGCUUUGCGGAAGGAAUGUGGUCGGAAAAAAAUCAUGAAUGAUCGUGAUCAGAGAUCACUAAAACACUUGGUGAAGUCACAUUGUAAAGAAUCAACAGUAGAACUCAUGGCUACGUUUUAUAGUGAAAGUAAGAGCAUUUCCACGUGCACAAUGUGAUGAGAAUUUACAGGAUUGGGACUAAACAGCUGUGUGGCCACAAGAAAGCCACUUGUUAGUGAGGCUAAUCGGAACAAACUAAUUUUUCUCGGGAGCAUAAAGAUUGGGCUGUGGAGCAAUGGAAAAAGGUGAUGCAGUCUGAUGAGUCCAGAUUUACCAUACACCAAAGCAAUGGGCACGUCGGGGUAAGAAGGGUAGCGUAUGAAGAGAUGCACCCCUCAUGCAAGUCUCUGGAGGCAGUGUUAUGAUCUGGGGUUUCUUGGGGUUGAGUCUAGGCUCAGCAAUGUUAUGCGGCAAUAAAAUGAAGUCAGCUGACUACCUGAAUGUACUGAAUGAACAGGUUAUCCCAUCAAUGGAUUUUUUCUUCCCUGACGGCACGGGCAUAUUCCAGGAUGACAAUGCCAAGAUUCAUCGGGCUCAAAUUGUAAAAGAUUGGUUCAGGGAGCAUGAGGAAUCAUUUUCACACAUGAAUUGGACACCACAGAGUCCUGCCCUUAACCCCAUUGAAAGUCUUUGGGAUGUGCUGGAGAAGACUUUUCGGAGUGGUUCGACUCUCCCGUUAUCAAUACAAGAUCUCGGCCAAAAAUGUAUGCAACUCUGGAAGGAAAUAAAUGUUGUGAUGUUGCAUAAGGUUGUCAAAACAGUGUCACAAUGAAUGUGCACCAUAAUCAAAGCUAAAGGCGGUCCAACAAAAUAAUAGAGUAUGCGACUUUUUGGCCAGGCAUUGUAAACUUCUCUGAGAUUCGACACCAUUAAAACCCCUUUGGCUAUGCUGGUAAUGGAAUGGAAUACAAGUAAUAUCGUUCAUUUUCCUAACUGCUGGCUUUUUGUGGAUGCUAAGCAGUAUUGGAACUUGUCGGAUUAAUACAGAAUGUGCUAUGUUAGGUGUGUUCAUGGUCUUUUUACAAUGGCUUUGAAUGCGACACAUUCAAUCAAAAUUCAGUGUCAGACCUAUCCGUUAUAUAAUGCUACACUGGUCAUAGUAUGUACAUACAACAGUAGUACAUCACAUGACCUCAUUAAAUGACCUCAUGUUUUAUACAGAGUAGCGUACACGUAUCAUCCAAAAAAAUUUUUUUAUUAUUUAGCAUUUUAAAGCCAAUUUUGUGUAGAAAUUUGUGUAGGAACUGUUUGCAAUCCGAUCCAAGGAGCCAAGACGGCGAUGUAAAAAUUAACCACGAUUGAUAUUAGUUCAAUACAUUUAUCACACUGGAAAUGGAAGUUCAUGUUGAGCGCAUUACACUGUGUGCUCUGGUUUUAUACUGCACAUUUUGGCAAAUUUUAUACAUGUAGUUAUUCCAUUCAUACAGAAAGUUCACAUACUGAGCACAAGGCACAAACUUUUUGCUGCAUAAAAAGUAUGAGUAGGAAGGUUGUAAGCAAUUCCAAACAUACACAUUCAUAACUGUAGCUGAAAAUCGGAGGACUAGUAUUGAAAAAUUAAGGUAUACUCUGCACUUUUUUCCUAAAAUGUGACAGAACAGACACAUAAUAAGCUUUGAUCAGUUUGUAAUACAUAACAAGCAAUCGCAACUGAUCAAAUGAUUCAAAUGUAAAGAAAAAAACAAGAACUAUGUGGAUUUUGCGUGUGGUUGGAUUUGUGUAUUCUGAAGAUGUGUUUCCAUAAAAUGCUACAGUCAGACAGUACAUCAUUUUUGCUUUGAUUACUCAAUCUUGUGAGCUGGUUUUCAAGAGAAUGUUACUCAAUGAGGGUAAUUCCUGUUUGUCCAUUAACUGGUGAGUCUGUUUGUGUGUGUGCUUUGAAAGAAUAACUUAAAGAUAGCUGUAUGUGGGGGAUAUAGUGUGUGUUCCAGAAAGGCUUUGGUGUGUCUGGAUUACUCAGUACACUGAUGAGCUGUGUCUACAUGUUUAUGUGGUCUGCCUCAUACUCAGGCAUGCAGGCAGAAGAGGUGGGAGGGUGAAUAUGAAACAUUUUCCUGAAAUUAAGCCACGCUGUGCAUGUGAAAUGUGGUGUUUUACUAAGACUUAAGCUCAAAUUAGUUCAUGAAUACAAAGAGUCUCAGUGUCUGUGUGUCAUCUAUUUCACACGGUCAUAUAACUGCACAAUUUAUCUUUUAAACCAUCAAACAUCACGAGGUUAAAAUGCUGUGGUUUCUGUAUUAUCUAUAUAUGCUGGAGUACUCUGACAGUAACUAAGAACUGUUUUCUGCUGACAUGCAAGAAAAAUAUUUGUCUUUAUAGUGUCCUUCUUUUCUUCCAUUACAACAUAUGCAAAUCUUAAAAGAAAAAACAGUGGGUCUCAUUCACUAAUAAAUGCGUACAAAUUGCAAAAUAAUGCAUGCAGAAAAAAAUUCUCACAAAAAAUGUCCAGGUGCAUACACACACUCUCUUUCUAAUGUUAAUGAAUCUGGAUUAUCCUAAUUAAUGGAGUGCAUACCCGCAGUUUGUAAUUUGCAUUAAAAAAAAUGCCCAAAUGGUCUCCAUAUAAGGGCUUUUCAUCAGAAUAAUUUUUUUAUCAAAUUAAUUACAUGAUAUGCAGAUAAAAAAUAGUUUGAAAUAAGUGAGACUUACCAUUUAUAUAUAUAUUUAAGGCCACAUCCACACUAAUCCAUUUUCGUUUGAGAACUCUGUUUUCAGUUUCCCAAUGCCAACGUUUUCCAAAAUAUAUGGUAAUGGAGAGUGUUUUCGAAACGCUCCAUUUUCAGUGGAGGAAAACAGCAUUCUAGUGUGGAUGAGAGGCUUAAAUGUCGCUAAAUUAAGACGUUUUCAAAAAUAUAUAUAUUGGCAUAAGUUUUGACUUUAUACAUUCCAUGUUUUUAGGGUCUUGGGAAUAUGUGAUUUUCGUAUGUUUUUUAUGUACAAAUCACCACAAUAAAAAAAGUCAUUAUUUUUU